GAAAAUGGCGGCCGUGGCUGCAGAGCCAGGAGCUGCGGCGGUUCCGACAACAACAAUAACCUCGGCCACGGACGACGAGGGUCCGCGAGAACCAGGCCCGGCCGAUCCUGGACUCCCAGGAGCCCUGGUGGACACCGACGAGCCGCGGGAGUACGGCCCGGCUGUAGAGUCGGUCGUGCCGCGGGUGGAGGAUGGUGGGGACGGCGAGGAGCGCCGCCAUGUCGGGCCGGAGCUGGAGCCAGCGGCGGGAAAAGCGCUCUCUGAUAACACCAUUAACGAUGAACUGCUCAGUAACUUCCCGACGGAUCGGAUUAGCCUGGACCGGUUCUCUCCCGGUGCACUGGGGGAUCCAGAGGGCGGUGGGAACGUAUCGGUGCAGGCGGUGUACCGCAGCAUCCUGGCGGACCCCCAGCCCUCCGCCGUCUUCCUGCACUCCUUCCCGGCUCCCCCGCCCGUUACCGAGGCCGGGCUGUCUCUAGCGGAACCGGCGGAACCGACCACUAACGUGACGACGGAUCGGGCGGAGACGGCGGAUCGAGACAGAGGCUACACGGCUCUGGUUCAGCCGGAGCUGAGGCCCGGCCCCGCGGAGGACGCCAUGUUGGAUGGUACCGCCGAGCGGCUUUCGGUCCCGCACAGCGUGGAUCCGGACUCGGGCUUCGGUAAAAACUCAGCGGGGAACGAGGAGCUGUCGGGCCGCGGCCUGCGGGACUCCUCCCCGCCCUGCCGGUCGCCGAAGAGGCGGCUCAUGACGGACAGCUUGAAGCAGGAAAAACCUGCAGGAGAAGACUCUUCCCGGCCAGAGCCUGGACCCGAGCCUGGUUUCGGCGCUCCGCCUCUCGCCUCUGUGCAGGAUCUCAGUCCCGGGUCCGAGGUCCGGGUCUCGCUGGAUCACGUCAUCGAUGAUGCGCUGGUGGUGUCCUUCCGGCUGGGGGAGAAGCUGUUCUCCGGGGUGCUGAUGGAUGUUUCCAAAAGGUUUGGACCGUACGGUAUUCCCAUCACGGUGUUUCCCAGACGGGACGACCGGAGUCGACCUCAGAUGUCCGUGCAGUCACAGCCGGUUGCCGGCGACGACCCGUCCGCCAAACAGGAGGAGGUCACCGUCAGCCCUUCGUCCCCGCCCCCGCUCCAUCCUCACCCCUGGACCUCGAAACCGCCACCGCUGUUCCAGGAGGGUGCGCCGUACCCCCCUCCUCUGUUCAUCAGGGACACCUACAACCAGGCCUUACCUCAGCCGCUGCCGCGCAAGAUCAAACGGCCAAAGCGGCGCUACCGCUGCGAGGAGCCCACCUCCAUCAUGAAUGCCAUCAAGCUCCGUCCCCGCCAGGUUCUCUGCGACAAGUGCAAAGGCGUGGUGGCGUCAGGCGGGCACAGGGAUACCCGACGGGGUCCGGUGGAUCUGAGGGGCGAGGAGGCGUCCCGGCGGCGGCGACCGGCCGACGGACCGAUCUCCUCAGAGGUCAAACGGCUGAGGAGCGACGACAAGGCGGGGCGUACCGUGGCAGACAGGCGCUCGGCAUCAGGAAUACGUGUGUCAUCUUCAUCAUCAUCAUCUUCCUCUCGCCGUGUCCUGAGGGGCGUGGCUUCAUCUUCAUCCUCGUCGCCAUCCUCGUCCAACCGCAUGUGUCUGAAGUUGAACUCCAAGAAGGUCCUGGCCAAAGGUUCUGCCGUCGAUCGCUCCAAAGCACGGCAGGUCCUCAAGAAGCUCGCGAGGAGUUCCCAGCCGUCACCACCACCGGCGCAUCGCCGGCCCAAAGACCAGAACCAGAAUCAAAACCAGGAUCAGACCCACAACCAGGACCGCACCAAGGCUGUGACCCGAGCGGCGGCGCUGCAGAACCACAACCAGAAAGUCCACUACACCCGCCGCCAGCACCUCAGCGGCGCUGCCGUCAGCUCGAGCUCCCACACGCCUCUUCCACCCAGAAUGCGCCUCAAACCCCAAAGGUAUCGUACCGACGACAGCCAAGCGCCCUGCUCCUCCUCCUCCUCCUCCCCCCCGACAAAACAGAGCGCUUGCUCAUCACCUCCCAAACCGUCUUUAAGCCCCGUCCUCACACCUGAGUCUAGCACAGCCCCGUCCCCUCCUUCGACCACAGCCCCUCCUCCAGCGCUCCACUCCUGUGCAGCCAGUGUUGCCGUGGAGAUACAGGAGGUGAGCACGCCUGAGGAGGAGGGGACAGAGCAGGGAAAGGGAGGAGAUGAUGGGCAGGUAAUGGAUCCUCCUCCCCGCUCCUCCUCCCUGGACUCCUCUCACUCAGAGUGCAGCUCCACAGAGACCUUUGACCUCCCCCCUCACGGAGACGCACCCUCUUCUUCCCCUCCCACUCCCCCUCCCUCCUCCUUAGGGCCCCGCUGUCCCUCCUCUUCCUCCCCCUCCACCCCUCCCCCCAGAGCAGAUGACGAGGAGUUGCAGGCCGGUGGUGAGGAGGAGGAGGGAGGUGAACUGAAGAGGCGUCGUAAGUCUUCCACGUCUUCCUCCUCCUCGUCUUCAUCGUCCUCCUCCGUCUUCUCUAAGUUGGUGUCCAAGUGUUUGCUCCCCGACGGUCGCACGGUGUGCGUCGGCGACAUCGUCUGGGCAAAGAUCUACGGCUUCCCCUGGUGGCCGGCGCGUGUGCUCGGCAUAACGGUGUCGCGGCGCGGCGACACGGGGCUGGCGGUGCGGCAGGAGGCGCGCGUCUCCUGGUUCGGCUCCCCCACCACCUCCUUCCUGCCGCUCACCCAGCUGUCCCCCUUCCUGGAGAGCUUCCAGUCCCGGUUUGACAGGAAGAGGAAGGGGCCGUACCGCCGCGCCAUCGCUGAGGCAGCCAGCGCCGCCAAACAGCUGACGCCCGAAGUCCGUGCGCUGCUCACACAAUUCGAAACGUAGCUACGGCUGCUGCUGCCAAGACCUCCCUGCCCCCUCCACACACGCCACACCCCCCCCCCUACCUGCCCACUGCAGGCAGCAGGAGGAGCCUGCCCCCUCCUCCUUCUCAGACUGAUACCUGUCUGUCUGUCAGAGACUGAUGCAGACAGAUGGACAAUGUUUCUCUCUCUUCCUGUAUGGAGGGGGGGUCGGAGCUGUCAGUGUUCAGGAGGGCUGUGGGCGGGGCUUAUCUCUGGGGUUACCUCAGUUUCAGGCAGGCGUCAGUCAGCGGCAGCGUUUCACCCGCCUCACCGUCACGGUGUCGUGUUUGUUCGGACUGUUGAAGGGUCAUUUACUGCGUUUACAGUUACUGUGUGUCGUCAGGGGGGGGGGUCGAUUCAAAUCGAUUCGAUUCGGGUUCGUGUCAUUAAAACCGUUUUUUUCAGCUGUUUCCUGAUUGUCUAUUAAAAAUAGUUUUUUUUAUUGACAUUUGGCAGCAGAUUAAUGAAGUAUUGGCAUUAAUGAUGGUUAUAAGACGAGUGAAAAUGGCCAGCACCAACCCCCCUCCCAGAGUGAUAGACGAGUAUUUUACAGACAUGAUGUUCACCAGAAUUACUGACGGAUUAUUAUAAAUAUUCAGCCAAAAGCUGUUUGCUACAAAUGUUCCUUUAAUUUGGCCGUUCUGUCAUCAAACAGCUGUGAAAUAAUUCAUCAAAAUGUAUAAAAACUAAACGAAGUUCUGCUGCUCACAGGCUCAGUGAUCAAACAUCAGAGGUGGGGGGGCUCCUGAGAAAACACACGUGUCUUUAGGGUGAAUCUCACUGUAAAUCUUUACAAGUAUAAGACAUCAACUGCUUUCAGAAUGUGAACAUGUAAACUGAUCAAAGUCACAUCAAAGCUUUAGUGCAUAUUGAUUAACUAAUACUGGUUAAUUAUGGCUGUCGUAGUCAGGGGGCGUGGCCAAAGUAACAGCGGUAUUCCACUCUCUGCGUGCCGUCAGCUGUCAACCUGAAUAAUAAAAUGAACAAUGAAAAAAUCUGAAUAUGUGCUAAAUAAUAGC